AUGUUUUGCGACCAAGAUAUUUUCAACACCAGUAAUAUUUCUAAUUUAAGUGAACUCGACAAAAAUUUAACCAAUGAGAAUUUAGAUGACAGCUUACUUUCCAACUUAAGUACGGAAUUAACUAAAAUUGAUUCACUAUUUCCAACACAAUUCAUACAGAUUUCUAAUCAGCGUUCCACUAUAAAAAGUUCAGAUGUAAUGAGUCAUGCAGAAAAUGAUAAUUUUGAAUUAGAUAAUGUGAUAUUAGACAAUAAUAAAACAUUUUUAUCAAAAAACAAAAGCCAUGAAUUGGUUGAGACUAGAAGUCAAUGUAAACAUGAUUUGUCUGUUCUCGAAGAUUUAGCUGAAGUAAAGGUAAAAGUUCAAAAACUUUUGAUGAAUCAAAACGCCAUUUUAAACAAGUUGGAUAAAUUACUAACAAAUGAUCGUUCAGUUGAUAAUUGCCUGCCCAAUAUUACAUCAAUACAAAUUGAUGAAUUUGAAAUACACUUCAAUGAACAUUUUCCUUUAAAAGAAUUAACACAAUUUAAUCAUAUUAAUGAGAUUUUAAACAAUAAGGCAUACUACACUCUUAUGAAAAAGAAACUAUCAAUGUAUGGUGGUUCAAGCAUCAAUGAUGUUACCUGUCAUAUUCUAAUAAGACUUUUAAGCAACAAAAUAUCAACAUCUAUUACAUUUACUGGUAAUAAAGGAAAAAAAACAGGGUUUGCCAGUACCAACUAUUUUAAAGUGUUACUAGAAGUCGUCAGAGUCUUUUAUGAAUCAGCCACUGAAAAUCAUGUUAAACCUGCUAUUCAAAGUUGGUUUAAACAUGCACCUGAUCGCUUAUUAACUACUACACAGCCAAAAAGUGGUCUGUCUCCGUACUGA